CUCCAAACGCAGCGUUAUUGCCCGCAAACAGCAACUCCGAACCUUGCCGUAAGCAAAAGCCUGCUGCCUUCCGUUUUUCAUAUUUUAUCUGACUUUUUGCCAGCCGCCGGAAGAGCUCUACUCUAGAAAUUACUGGAGAGAAGCCAGAUAUCAUCAGAUUAAGAGUAUUCGCCGAAUAUUAGAAAAUCCAGGAAUCCACUCUUGGACUCUUGAAAAUCUACAAGAGAACUUCCACUUCAUAUUGUACUCAGAUUAGAAGUCUGAUUGAACAUAAUUGUGAUUGUUACCAACAACUGUUGUGUCUCUGUAGAACUGCUGAUAUAUCUACAGAUAUCAUAUCACAGAUUAUCCACCAAUUCAUAGAACUGACAUAUCACAAUCGUUACUAUUGAUAGUAUCCAAAGUCACUAAUAUCAUCUUUUCGUAAUAGUUACUAAUACUAUUUGAUAGAUCUAUUGUAUCUGAUACUUCUAGCUCAUUCUAUUCAUCACAUAUCAUUUCCAAUGGGUAUCUGCUGUAGUUGCUUGAAAGGCCGUCUGGGCGACGGUAGUCAAACACAGCUCCUUUUGGCCGAAAAUGAAAGAGAAGCAAUCUCUGCCUUGUUGCAAUACUUAGAAAAUCGUCUGGACGUAGACUUUUUCUCAAACGGCCCCUUAAGGGCUCUCAGCACUUUGGUGUAUUCGGAAAAUAUCGACUUGCAAAGGUCUGCAGCUCUUGCAUUUGCCGAAAUCACCGAGAAGGAUGUCCGUGAAGUCAACAGAGACGUUUUAGAGCCGAUACUCAUUCUUUUGCAAAGUACCGACUCAGAAGUGCAGAGAGCGGCCUGCGGAGCCUUAGGCAACUUGGCUGUUAACACCGAAAACAAGAUUCUAAUCGUGGAAAUGGGCGGAUUAGAACCUUUGAUCAGACAGAUGAUGUCGACCAACAUAGAAGUACAAUGUAAUGCUGUAGGCUGCAUCACUAACUUGGCUACCCAAGACGACAACAAGUCCAAGAUAGCAAAGAGUGGAGCUCUUAUUCCGUUAACCAAAUUGGCAAAGUCAAAGGAUAUCAGGGUGCAGAGAAAUGCCACUGGUGCUCUUUUGAACAUGACCCAUUCCGGCGAAAACAGACAAGAGUUAGUUAAUGCUGGAGCUGUGCCUGUAUUGGUAUCGUUAUUAUCUAACGAUGAUGCCGAUGUCCAAUACUACUGUACUACCGCCUUAUCCAACAUAGCUGUAGAUGAAGCCAACCGUAAGAAACUCGCCAGUACAGAGCCCAAACUCGUAGGUCAAUUGGUCAACUUAAUGGACUCUCCAUCCCCCAGAGUACAAUGUCAAGCUACACUUGCCUUGAGAAACUUGGCUUCCGACUCUGGAUACCAGGUUGAAAUCGUCAGAGCUGGUGGAUUACCUCAUUUAGUCCAGUUGUUGACGUGUAAUCACCAGCAUUUGGUACUCGCUGCUGUAGCAUGUAUUAGAAACAUUUCUAUACAUCCCUUGAACGAGGCCUUGAUCAUCGAAGCGGGUUUCUUAAAACCAUUGGUAAGUUUGCUUGACUACACAGACAGUGAAGAAAUCCAGUGCCAUGCUGUUUCGACGUUGAGAAACUUAGCUGCAUCUAGUGAAAAGAACAGAACAGCUUUGUUAGCUGCUGGAGCUGUAGACAAAUGUAAGGAAUUGGUAUUGAAGGUGCCAUUAUCAGUGCAGCUGGAAAUUUCUGCUUGUUUUGCCAUUUUAGCCUUGGCUGACGAUUUAAAGCCAAAGUUAUACGAAAGUCACAUUAUUGAUGUUCUUAUUCCUUUGACAUUCAGCGAAAACGGUGAAGUUUGUGGUAACUCAGCAGCCGCGUUAGCCAAUUUAUGUUCUAGAGUAUCCAACGACCACAAACAAUAUAUCUUGAACAACUGGUCUCAGCCAGAUGAAGGUAUCUAUGGGUUCUUGAUCAGAUUCUUGCAGAGUGGAAGUGCCACCUUUGAGCACAUUGCAUUGUGGACCAUCUUACAGCUCUUGGAAUCCAACAACCUCGAGAUCAACUCGUUGAUCAAAGAAAACGAAUCCAUCCUUUCAGGCAUAAAGAAUUUGAGUGCAUCUCAACAACAGGCACAAUCACAAUCACAGUUGAAUCAGCAAACCAGUGAAGAUCAGUUCGAUGAUCCAAAAGUGGAACUCUUCAACUUGACACAACAAAUCUUGCAAAUCUUAGGAUAAAAAAAGUUAGGAUAAAAGAAAAAGUUGGAAGCGUCACGCUGUGUAAGUCGAGACGUUAUUCAAUUAGUUCAGUACGUUUGAUUUAAAUUCUUUUCCUUUAUUAUGAUGACAGAAAAACACUACUAUUAUGAUUGUUGUUGUAUGUUGAUAUUGUUAUUAUUGUUGAUUGUUAUUUGCUUGAUUGGUUUGCUUUGUUGAACGACUGUUUCUUGUUGGCUAGAUUGUCUUACACCUGUUUGUUGAUUGAUGUUUUUUUCCGCUAUUUAAUUCUAUAAUAUCAUUUUGCCAGUUCUAUUGUACCACCUGCUUUGUUCACGAUUAAGAACUUGGCUCCUUUCCUUAUUUAUACAACUUAUACAUUUGACUACUGUGUCAAGCUACAUUUUAGUUUCAUGUUAAAUAGUAAGAAUGAAUUUAACUUUACCC